UCGCACUUCCGGCUUCUACGUGAACUCUUACUGUGAAAAAAAUAGUUAGCGCGAGUUGGCGUUCUUUUAACUCUACAUAAGUCACGAUCAUUAUUAUAUAAAACAAAGAAUCUCGGACAAAAUAUGGCCGAGAGUGACUGGGAUACAGUGACCGUGCUGAGGAAGAAAGGAUCCGCGUCGCAAGCUAAAUCCAAAAAGGCAGUAAUUACAGCCCAAAGACGAGGGGAAGACGUGGAGACUACAAAGAAGUGGGCUGCAGGUCAGAAUAAACAGCAUGUUGUAACUAAGAAUACAGCCAAACUUGACAGAGAAACAGAGGAGCUCCAUCACGAGCGAGUAACUCUGGAGGUGGGCAAAGUCAUGCAACAGGGCCGUCAAAACAAAGGCUUAACCCAGAAGGAUUUGGCCACAAAAGUUAAUGAGAAGCCACAAGUUAUUGCGGACUAUGAAGCCGGAAAGGCCAUACCAAAUAAUCAAGUAAUGGGAAAGAUUGAGAGAGCUAUCGGGCUUAAACUGCGUGGAAGGGAAAUUGGGCAGCCCCUCAAAGCAGAGCCUAAGAAAAAAUGAAGAAAAAAUCCUCGAAAUCCACCACAUAGCAUGCAGAAUCCUUCACUAUUCUGGCCUUACAGUCCAUUUUCAUAUGCUGCUGCCUCGUUAAUUCCCUUUAAAACAGUGGUGGACCAAAUGUCAAUUUAUUGACAAUAUAAUGAAAGAAUCUUUGCAUACAAAAUACUGCUAUUUUUUUUCUUUAUUUUAAACAGACCGAAAUGUCUUCUGUUGUGUACAUUUACAUAAUUUUAUGCUUGCUUUAAAGUUUAAAUAAAUUUUGCCAUUUGAUUUAA